AUGCCGCGCGGCGGCGUCUCCCCUCCGUCAUCCAACGAAUCCCCUCUUCCGCCCUUUGUCUUGGCCACUCUCCGCGACCCCGAAGCUGAAUGGGAGGACCAGAGAGACGCUCUAAAGGCCCUCACCGCAGCGGCAAAGUCGGACGCCGUGGCGCGACCGAAUAGUCAGGCUCGUCAUGAGUUUCUUCGUCAGCUACGGGACGUGGGACAACCGCUUGCGACGUGCAUUGCGGCUCCGCGAAGCACCCUCGUGAGGGAAGCAAGUCAGUGCAUCAUCCAAUGUGUUGAGGUAUUCGGGCCACUGUUCGUCGAUACUGUCGGGAAUACUUUGGCACGUCCCAUUUUGGAUAAAACAGGUGUGUCGAUAGCUGUUAUUAGGGAAAGCGCGUUCGAAGCGGGAAAGGCCCUUUUUGAACACGGCGUGACGGGGUUUUCUCCUGAUAUUGUCAAUAUGCUUUGCGAGUACGUGCAAAACUCCAAGUUGUCCUCUCUGAAACGAGCCGCCGCCGCUCAGUUCCUCGGUAUGGUACUGGUUGAGGAUUGUCUGGCGGGACUUGAGCCGAUCAUGGGUAGUAUUCAGAGGGCUAUUGUCCGGGGAUGUCAAGACUCUGAUGAACGUGUGCGCGCUCUUUCGCGAGAGAACUGGCGCAAGUUAGAGAUCCUUGACAGGUCAAGUGCGCGUCAACUCCUCAAUGAAAUGCCUGCCAAUACUACAGCACUUAUCGCACGCGAGAAGGGUGGUUCCCCAUGGAGCGAGAAGAGCGCUGGAGGUCGCUUUGAGCAAAGAAAGUCUCCUGGAAGCCCGGGCCGUACUUUCAAGUUUGCUCCUCAAAGAUAUCCGCCCACCGCGAAGCGUCUUCACCCGCAGAGAGUUACGAGCGAAAGCGUAGUCGAGUCAGCAGACAUAUCUCCUUCAACUGCUAUUCGACGUGCAGUCACAUCGCACACAACGACAACCUCAAGCUUGCCGACAUCGAGGGUCGGAAGGACGCAAAGAACAGCUGUAAGACUCCCACGACCCCAAGUACGUGCAGUGGAUUCAGGAAGCAAUCGUCCGGGGCUCCCUCCACGACCUAUUUCGAUUCCAAAGGUUAGGGAUGGCAUGCCUCAGGCAGGAUCAGUUUUGAACCGACAGUUUGGUCGCCCUGUGUCAAGGCCUAUCCGUCGUCCUGCACGCCGAUCAAUGGCUAUGAAUCCCAAGAAUACUCUUCAAGGGAGUCCUCCAGGGGGAGUCACAGACCAUCGCGAAAAGGUGCGACAAAGUGUACCAGCCGCGCUUGCUAGGGCUAUUAUUAUUGAAGAACAAGCUAGUAGUAUUGCAUCACCCGGCUCAUCCAGUUCUGCGCAAUCCGAAGCUAAGAAAGAUGGGCAAGAUACUGAGUUCUUCACGCCCUCCCCCAUUUCUAGAGCUGAUAUCAAAGCCGGCCGACUACCUGUAAGCCCGCAACUAGAAGAAUCCACGCACUCUGGAGCUGAAAAGCCGCACUCUACCCCCCGACUGCAGACUCAGGGUAUCCCGCGCACUCUUUCAGGGGAUAGCUUUGUUACUGCCCACGAAGAACGCAAGUCUCUCUCUUUUCGUGAGACUGCAAUGGAAAUCGCGUCACGGAUGUAUCGGUCUCUACAGGGCUCUUCAGAAUCUACGGAUGAAGCCCGAACUCUGUCACCGAAACGUGACCCAAUGGAAGUGGAUACUGAGCAGCCUUCCUCUCAAGGUGAGGAGAGCGACUUUGUGUCGCUUUCUAGUGUUGGUAGUGGUGACCGUGGAAUCCAAGAACCAUCGCCCAAGGCAGUCAACUCUCCGGCAAACCCUCGCAAGGCACGCCUUUCCUUCAUCCUUAACAUGAACGCAAGCCCACCACAGUUUACCGUACCACAACCACAAGUCGUCACCGCAUCUGUGACGCAGGGUUUCGUGGGGAGUAAGAUGGAGGCAGUGAAUGUGCCGUGGAACGACCCUACAAAUGCAAAGCAGCAACCUACAGCACCUCUGCAACCAAGCGCAGAUGUAUCAGCAACCUCAAAAUACCCAAACGACCAUAUCGAAUCUAUGAGCGACGAAAUCGAGCUUCUGAUGAGCAUGCAAUCCCUCACGGAGGAGGUCGAAAAACCAGCCUCAUUCCGUACCUUAAUUCCGACAACAACACCAGUGGUUGCGAAAUCACCCGAGCCCGUUUCUACUUCGAUAUGCACGACGGAAGGAGAGUCGUCUCGGGAAGGUGAGUCCUCGGUGGGAAACGUCACAGUAGAAGAUGUAAUUGUGUACUCCAGCCCAGACAAGCCGAAAGAAGCGGGCAACGGCCCGGAGGGCAACUUGGUCCUGACGGGUAAAAUUGCCAACGAGAAGGAGAAUGCGCGUCCUGCCAGUGCCAUCUCUGACGCGACUGCUGUCUUAAAAAAGGACCCAGACCAGGAUGCAGAGAAGGACCCUAAACAAAUCAGCAAGCUCGAAACAGAAGAGGUUAACAAGGCCCCCAAGAUGGAAGAACGAAAGCCGUUGAGACCAGCAAAAGAGAUGGCUUCGAUCGCACCCAGCAAUGCACCACGCCCCAAGAGCAUGCCUUCCCCAACCCAACCGGCCGAGCCCUCGAAGGGAGAGGGCGUCCCCGCCAAGCGGCCUCACAACGCGACAGCCCUCCCGCCGCGCUGGAAGACGAACAAGGCGUCGAUAGCCAGGACGACUGCUCGGCGUUCUAUGAUGUUCGACGUUGCAAUCCGGUCGCAGGACUCGGACCCACCAAAGAAAAGAGAGGCCAGAAAGGGAGACGUAACACGACGGCUGCCGCAGAGGGUACCUUACAGCUCUGGCGGCGUGGCUAAAAAAGUGGGACGGCCGCCUUACAUGGCGCCUGCGCUGAUGUCUGGCAAGCCGCGACCGCCAAUGCCAGGGGCGCGGCGCUCGCUAAUGCCAGGGAUAAAAAUGCAACCUCCCCCGAGUGCGCCACACGCGCCAAGGGUGCGGCGCUCGCUGAUGCCAGGGGCGAAGAUCCAACCUGCUCCGGGCGCGUCAGACGCGAAAGCAACGUCUCGUCCGCCUUCUGUGUGCAAAGCGCGGCCCGCGUCCACCAGGCCACCGCCACAGAACGGGAAGAAAGUUGAAAAAUCCAAGUCUGCGACAAUGAAGAAGACUGGGGCAGCGAACAACAACAAGGGGAUGUCGGGGGCUUCGCGCCGAGUGGCAGAGUGGUUGAAGCAAGCCAAGCGGAUCAAGAACGGGGCAUGGGAGGAGCGUUGCAAGGCGCUGAAGGGCUUCGGAGAGGCGUGCCAGAAGCUGGACGGGGAGCGGAUCAGUAUGGGGCUGGCGGACGAGUGCAUCGGUGUGCUGGGCGAGUACAUCCGUCAGGGGCACCACCGGGUGAUCAGCGAGGCGCUAGACGGGCUGUUCUUCCUGCUGCUGUGCAGCGAGGGGAGCUCGCACAUGCUGCAGCGGGCGCUGGAGAAGCGCGAGGACGUGAUGCGACGGACGCUGGGGCUGCUGAUCACGGGGAGCGAGAGCGCGCGGCUGGCGGCCGGGCGGGUGAUGCAUAGCUUCGAGGUGCAGUUCUCGCCCGAGGUGAUGGUGGGGCUGAUCAUGCGGGCGAUGAAUCAGGGAGGCGGGGGCGGGGUGGCGGACGUGCGGGUGGCGAAGAUGGGGUGCGUGCAGCUUGGAAAGGCAUUUGAACGGGCGGCGAUUUCUGGGGAGGGGUUCGUGUGGAAGACGGGGCUGCUGGAAUCGGUGCUCAAGACUCUAGAGGGGUUGUGCGGACAUCGACGUGUCGGGGUGAGAAGGGCCGGGGAUGGGGUGGUGGAACAGGUGCGGGAGAGCUUGCCUGAACGGGCGUUUGAGCUGGCGUGCGAGAAGUAUGGGGUGAAGUUUGGGGAAGGGAAGUAGAAUAGUUUUGUGAAAGAGAAAAACAAUAAGAGUAAAACAAGAGACUUGGAGAG